CUUCUCAUCAUUGCAGGAGAGCAUCUCUCCGCACACUGGGUUUUCUUCUCUAGAAGAAGCUUGAGGAAAAUCGUGGGGAGGCGAAGAUAACAGCAGUCUUGGCGUGGCUGGUUAUGGAGACUGGACCACGGAGACUUCGGGAAGAUGGCACAAAAUGAGAAGUCAAGUGAGAUGCUUCCUGUUUAAAAGAAAUUGUGAAAGGAGCGUUGGCGUUUCCAAAAGCGCAUGAGUGCCUAAGACGCGCUGGGUCGUGGAGAGGCGCACGGGAGCGCACAGCAUAACUCCAGUGGACAUCAGCUCUACCUCCUUGAAGAUGGAGGACUACAGUGGGAUAUUUGAGAAUGUCAGCAUCUCUUCCACUUACAACUUUACUGCGGACAGUUUCUCAAACACCACCAUGCUGCUACCGUUUAACAAGGUCAUUGUCAUCAUCCACACCAUCGUCUUCAUCGUGGGUUUUCUGGGUAACACACUGGCCAUCUACGUGAUGGCCCGCUAUGCAAAAAUGAACACAGCAACUAACAUUUACAUCCUGAACUUAGCUGUGGCGGAUGAACUCUACAUUCUGGGGAUUCCCUUCAUAGGGACCAACAGCGUGCUUUCCUAUUGGCCAUUUGGAGAAGCUGUCUGCAAGAUCAGCAUGACUGCUGAUGCUAUGAGCCAGUUUGCAUCCACCUUUUCCCUGACACUGAUGAGCAUCGAUCGCUUCCUUUUCGUGGUUUAUCCUGUUCGCAGUGUUAAAUGGCGGAAACCAAGGUUGGCGAAGAUAACUAGUUGCAUAGUCUGGGUUGUGUCAUUCCUGAUUGUUCUGCCAGUCAUCAUCUUCUCAAGUGUACAGGAGGACUUUAAGACCUGCAACAUGAGCUGGCCUGAACCACAUGAUGUGUGGUCUGCUGUCUUCAUCCUCUACACCUCUAUCCUGAGCUUCUUUGGUCCUCUGAUUGUUGUCUGCCUCUGCUACCUCUUCAUUGUCAUUAAGGUGAGGUCAGCACGUGAACGUGCAGGCCUGACUAAGCGGCGCAAAUCCGAGCGCAAGGUGACACGCAUGGUGGUCAUCAUCGUGCUGGUCUUUGUAUUUUGUUGGCUUCCCUUUUACACCACCAACAUUGUCAACCUGAUUCAUAUCAUCCCUGAGCACAGUAUGGACAUCUACUUUUCCGUGGUCAUCCUCACCUACGUCAACUCCUGUGCCAACCCGUUUCUUUAUGCUUUCCUCUCCAAAAACUUCAAAGAGAGCUUCCAGAAAGUGCUCUGCUUUCAGAAAGCAAAUGUUGCCAGAGCUGCACAGGUGCUGCAGGGUAGACAGAAUGAUACCAAGUCCGUCCAGCUGAAGGAUCUCAGGACCGCUCACAGUGAGCCUCUCAGUACAAAAAAUGUGGUGAAUGGCCAAUGACUGCUGAUCCACUAUGUACUGUUUUGAUACCACAUGGAACCUGGAUGCUUUCUCCCUUGUCAUUUAAUAACCUGCCUUUAUUAAUGAUCAUUUCUUCCUGAGUGGAACAUUCAAAGGAGUAAAAAGAAGUCAUUGCAGCAUAUUUUUUAUAGCUUUGUACUAGACUGACUGUGUUAUACAAGGCAUAAGUUUAUGUCAUGAUGACGUAGAAAACGUCAUCGGAUUACAAAAUGCUGAAAAUUUUCAAUUUGCAUUAUUAGACCCCAUGCUUUCUCACCUCUAUUAGCUUGUCAUGGUGCUGUUACCUGUUAAUUCAGUCAAAUGUGCAUUUCAGUGAAAGUACUGACUUUACCUUACUGAGCGCAUUUGGGACUAAACAACUAUCAUACUCUUUUCUGUGUUGAAGUAACUGUGAUAAAAACAAGAGGGGUCUUUUAGUGCUCAGCUUAAAAGAAAAUUAGGUUAAUUUUUUUGAAAAGUGAAAGCAUUCCUUUAGAAAUAAACUGUGUAUAACAAAGUAGUUAAUCAGUUCUGUGGAAAUACCGGUAUACAUUUUAAUGACGUUAGAUUGAACGUAUAUUCAUGUAUCGGGUAUUAGCCUUACAUUCACGCCAUCUUUGACCCGGGCUCCUAUUGUACCGCUUUAUCUCAGACACUGUUCGUUCUUUAAUUUGUGAAUUUACAGUAUUCGGUUUGUACUGCUGUUACUAGACUUGUGACUGUCUUGUUGAUUGAUGUAAAGCUGGCUGAAUGGUCAUGACUGUUACGGUGGAUUUUCAUGUGACAGGUUUUUUGGGACAUAUUAAAGUCAGUCUGACAGACUGGAGUGGACAACACGGGGAAGUAAAGCAGCAUUCUCAACCUGGUGGACAAACCUGCUGAGCAGCACUUACCCGUCUUAUAUUUGUAACAUGAGUCAAGCAAAAAGCAUGUGACCAGUCGUGACUUUGAGCUUGGUUAAAAAUCCAGAUGGACUUGUGAAAGCCUUACAGGUGAGAAUGGAACAAGGGAAUUUUUUUGUGUUCAAAGCACUGUGAAUUAUGAAAAGACGAGUGAAUUUGAGUUUGUUAUGCAUAUGAAAGUUAAAUGUGUUGUAUAUGGGUCACCUAUACGAAGGAAAAAAAUAGUGAAGCUACUUUGACCAUUAAUAAACGGUGACGUCUGUUACUCUGCAUCUCCAUGGUCACAGUUGCUCCAAGACAGUAAGAACAGUAACUAACUAAACAAAAUUAAUUGUAUAUAUAUAUAUAUAUUACAAAGUUGCAUUAUAUGUACAUUUAUUCCACUAACUGUGAUUGUAUGUUUUUUUAAAUAAAAGCAGAUGUAUGUUUCA